CCCCUUUCUCGAUCAAGCUGCUAUCUUUUCAAUCCAAUCAAGAUCAGCCUUGACGGUAGUGGUCGUCAGUCAAGACGGGCGCUUGUUAUGCCCCUGACGUCUCCUCGACACGUUUUCGAACGAAAAGAAGACACCGCUGAUCCUGACUCUAUAGAAGUGCCCCUCAUCGUCGACCUUGCCAUUGCUUCUCGGCCUGCUGAAGAUCUCGCUGCCCAAUGACGGAAGCUAGAUCAGACCCUGAGCUUGACCUGCUCUCACGAUGCGAUCAGUCGGCCACUCGUUGCCCUCGUCCUCCGCAGACCAUGCUCCUGUCCUCUCCUCUCGCAACUUCCGGCCAUUGCGUCGCGACUUUACAAUUGGACUGCGAUGGCGACAUCGAGCCACUCCUCCUCCCGCUCACACAGCGCUGUCUUGGGCUGCCUCGGCCUGACCGCCGGACGGAGCUUGGAUCUGUCAGAAGAAGGAGGGAGGCGGAGUUACUGAUGGUGGCCUGGCUGGCUGACCGUCGUGCGAGCGAAGUCGGCCGGAGCAACAACUUCCUAUCGCUUGAAGGAGGGUCACGAGAGCAGAGAAAGAUAUGGAUGAUGGCGCCAAGUCUUCUCGCUACGAUGACAAAUGAUGAAACGAUUCGCGAUACGAGUACGAGGGGGGCCCGAGCAUCCGCGCUAGCCACCUCGUUACGGAUCAUGCUUGAGCGGGAAGGACUUUGCCGUCAGCCAUGGGAAGAAGAGCGAGCUCAUCGCGAUACCGGCAGGAGAUCAAGGAGCUGACCCAUGGCUCGUCUUCUGCGGUCGCCUUUCGUAUCUCGUCUGCAGCGGUGAAGUCGCGGAG